CUUUGUUCUAUUUUAUCUUGGCUUCUGGCUUUGGCUUUGGCUUGGCUAUACAUUCUUAAGUAUUCAUACAUACCUUGGUAGGUUGGAUCAAGCAGGUGGAUUAUUCGUGCUGCUGGUUAGAUAGCUGUCCCGGACGCGCUAGCACAUAGCAUGGCAUGACAUGCAUGGCACAGGAAUGGGGAUGCAAAUGGGGAUGGAUUCUUGUACAUAGGAUUGAUGGAUUUCGCGUGUUGUGAAUAUGUCAGAUUUUUAUCUUGCUCUUGCUUUACCCCUCCCUCCCCCUCCUCUCUCUGAUUCAUUCCGUGCUUUGGUCGAUUCCUUAUAUGAGAAAGGUCAACGACAGAGCAAUCAGCACCCACAUCAUUUCCAAUAUCCCACCAUGCCACCGGAAUCCAGAUCCAGAUAUGCCUACCCACGCUAUAUACACGCAUGCAUGCAUCAACCAACUCAACACAAUACCUCCACCCCACCCGCCGCCAACAAGCCAAGUAGUAGGUUCUGUUUAACCCGACAGGAUCCCUCCAAUCCGACCUGUAUGUUCAGUAUGUACCAUGUACCACAUAAGUUCGUCAUCACUCAACCACCCCCAAUCUUGACCCUGAAAGACAUCGGCGGGGAGCAUAGCCGCAGCCGCAGCGGUAGCAGCAUCGACGUCUAUCCCAUCGAGGGCGUAGAUGGCGCUACUAUCGGCGAAGGAGACGGCCAUAUCGCUGUACAUGCGAUGCGCGUCGAGAGGGCUCACCAUGGAUAGGGAGACGGGGAUGUCUGGGGUGGUGGCCAUGGAGCAGUAAGAGGGGGAGAGAUAGAUGCCGUGGGAGCUGGGCGUAGCUGUCGCGGGGAGCGUGGUGGUUGGGAGGUAGGAGGUGGUAC